UUAAUUUCGACUGAUCAACAUACUUGAAUACGCUGUUCUGCUGGGGUCAAUAAACUCUGUUCAGUGCUGUUUGUACAACUUCUUUGGCAUGUUUGGUUCAAACGGCAAUCCCAUAGUCAUUUACUAUGGGUUGCAACAUAUGAUACUUGCUGACUUUUGAUUUACUCAAUAAAAAAGGCGGCUCCCGUCUUUUACGAACAUUCAAAAGAAUGGCAAUGUUUGUUCUGGCUGCUGUGUGGGUUGUGAUACAUGAUUUAUUAGACAAAGUAAUAAAUUUCGUGUUCAGCCUUAUCUAUGAUGAUUCACAAAAACAGAGAAUUCCUGAAAUUAAAAACCCAAUCCUGUUGAAAAGUGCUUCGUCUCUAGCAGCAGCCAUUCGGAAGCGAGAACUUACCUCAGUUGUAGUUGUGAAAGCAUUUAUUGAAAGAAUACAAGAAGUGAAUGGAAUUCUAAAUGCUGUUGUUGAUAAUCGAUUUGAAGAAUCCAUUAAAGAUGCAGAAAAUGUUGACAAACUUCUAGACUCCGGGGCCAUUUCAGAGAAAGAAGCUGAACAAACUAAACCAUUUUUAGGUGUCCCUUUCACUACCAAAGAAAGCACAAGCUGUAAAGGAAUGAAUUUCUCUAUGGGAAUGGUUGCUCGUAAAGGUCUAAAAGCAGAGGAUGAUGCUGAUGUGAUUAAGCUAAUGAAAGAAGCAGGAGGAAUCUUGAUAGCUAUUUCCAAUGUUCCGGAGUUGAAUUUGUGGUGUGAAACUAGAUGUAAUGUUUAUGGACAAACAUGUAAUCCAUACAAUACUACCCGCACUGUUGGAGGAUCAUCAGGGGGUGAAGCUGCUAUCAUUGCAUCCUGUGGAUCUCCCAUAGGAAUAGGAACCGAUAUUGGAGGAUCCAUUCGUAUGCCGGCCUUUUACUGUGGAGUUUACGGGCACAAGCCAACAACAGGGUUGACAUCUAUCAAGGGAAUCUCAUUCCGCACAGGCCUGGAGGUCGAUUCUAUGGUGUGCUGUGGGCCUAUGUCGAAGUUUUCUGAAGACUUAGAGCCAUUCCUUCGUGUUAUGGUUGGUAAUAAAAUUGGUCAAAUUCAGCUAGAUUCAAAGGUCAAUUUGAAAGAACUACACAUUCUGUAUGCGGAAGAAUCUGGUGAUAUGCGAGCAAGCAGUGUUACUUGGGAGACCAAACAGAUCAUGGCAAAGGCUGUUCAUCACCUUGAAACUAUCAGCACAUAUCCUGUUGAGAAGUUAGAUUUGUCAGGAUUCAAAAGCUGUUUCCGAAUAUGGCGAUACUGGAUGACCAAAGAAGGUGGCAACUUUGCAAGAGAUAUUACGAAUCGUCAAAGUGAAGUCAAUGUUUGGCAAGAACUCCCUCGAAUGUUGUUGGGUCAGAGUACUCAUACCUUGCCUGCUUUACUAAAAUUACUAGAUACUGCAAUCUUUCCUGCAGAAAAUUCUGAAUGGGCAGAAAGUACAAAAGCCCGUCUCCAAGACGAGCUCAUGGAAAAACUGGGCCGCAAUGGAGUUCUUUUGUUUCCCAGUCAUCCGUUCCCUGCCAGCUACCACUACACAUCAUUUUUGAGACCUUACAAUUUUGGUUAUUGGGCAAUUUUCAAUGUUCUCAAGUUCCCUGUCACUCAAGUUCCUCUUGGACUAAGCAAAGAGGGUCUUCCACUUGGUAUUCAGGUUGUAGCUGCACCUUUCCAAGAUCAUCUGUGCCUGGCAGUGGCACGUGAACUAGAGAAAGCAUUUGGAGGAUGGGUAGCCCCUUGCCCUGUAAAAAAACAGUGAUAACAGUAUUUUCAAAGGAAGAAGCCACUGCCUGUACAGUGCCUUAUCAAAAUCACCCUCAGUUAUGUCUUCCUUAGUACUUAAUCUUUUACUUUUACAGAUACACAAUUACAGUUAGAUUUUAAGGAGGAUCUUUUAAACAAUGAAAUAAGUAGAAAUGUAUACAAUGAGUUAUCUUAUCUUUUAUUACUAUAGUUCUCAUUUUCUACGGAAAUAAAAAAUUAUAUACAAUAACAUACUAUAUGCAAAAUA